AUGACAAGACGUGAUAUACUAGAAGAUGAGAUUGGUAAAAAGCUACCGGCAAUAAGGGUUUUCUCUCUAGCUAUUGAUUUCUUAAGAAAGGAUGUCCUUGAUACUCUGAGUCGUCAUGUUGAUACAAAAAAUUUUGAAUCUGAUAUACAGUGGGUUCUCACUGUUCCAGCAAUAUGGAACGAUGCAGCUAAACAGUUUAUGAGAGAGGCAGCACAACAGGCUGGGAUUCCAGGAAAGAACCUUCGUUUAUGUCUUGAACCUGAAGCCGCAUCUAUUUAUUGUCGUCAUCUUCCGGUGUUAAAAUGUACAGAGCAAGAAGUUGCAUCUUUUUCCCAGUUUUCACCAGGAACAAAGUAUCUUGUCCUUGACGCAGGAGGAGGAACAGUUGACAUAACUGUACACGAAGUAACUGACAAUGGAAACUUGAAGGAACUCGUAAAAGCAAGUGGUGGUCAAAUGGGAGGAACUAAAGUAGACGAAGCAUUUGAAAAGUUUAUAUCAAGUAUUGUGGGACUGGAUGUCAUCUCAAAAUUUAAAAGUUUACAUAUGGAGGACUACAUUGACAUUUGUCGUGAAUUUGAAAGCAAAAAACGCAAACCUAUUCAUUCUACAAGCUCCGUAACUAUCCGUUUGCCAUCUAGCCUUUCUGAGUUAUGUGAAGAAUUCAGAGAAACCGGUUUAAGGGAAUUAUUACUACAGUCUAGAUUUGAAAACAAAGUCCAGGUUGUACGAGAUAGGUUGAAAAUAGAUAACGACGUUUUCAAUGAGUUUUUUGAACCAACUGUUUGCAAAAUAAUAAGUCAUGUCAAAAAUCUGUUGACGACACCUUCAGUUGAUGGUUGUGCUGCCAUUCUGAUGGUUGGUGGAUUUUCUGAAUCAUCGGUGUUGCAAGAGAACGUAAAGUCCACAUUCAAAGAUAUUAAAAUAAUCGUUCCAGACGAAGCAGGAUUAGCAGUUUUAAAAGGAGCUGUCAUCUUUGGUCACAAACCUACAACAAUAACUGAAAGGGUAUGCAAGUUUACAUAUGGGGAGGAAGUUGUUCAUGAGUACAGUGAAAGUUGCAAACAUCCAAAAGAAGGACACUCCGUUCAGGUGAAUGAAGAACAGACAGAACGCAUAGCUACCCCUAUUUCCAAUGAUCAAACUACUAUAAACACCAUAGUUUAUUCAUCCUCUUCAAGAAAUCCACAGCUUACUACGGAAGAUCGAUGCAAACUCAUUGGAAAAUUGACAGUGCCUAUUUCUGACACAAGCUCUGGAAUAAAUCAUAAAUUUGGAACAAGUUUUAGUUUUGGUGGAACAAAAAUUGUUGUUAAAGUCGUUGACAAGGAAUCCGGUGAAAUGAUGCUAAAGUCUGUCGACGUUCUUGGAUAG